AUGGAUCCAGAAAGCCCAAAAGAUGCAGCAAUAUUCACUUGCCUAAUGAUUGUUUUCUACUGUGUAGCCCAUUUAGGAGAAUUCACUGUGCCAGCAAUCACACAAUUUGACCCACAGAAUCACAUUACCAGAGCUCAUUUCCACAUUCCCUGGACAAAAAUGUCACCAACUGGUGAAGACAUGCAAUACCCAAUCAACACCCUCAAACACCAUCUACACCUCAAUCCAGCAGAGGGGUCUGCACAUCUCUUCACCUGGAAACACCUCACAUCUGGUCUCUGCCCUCUUUUGAAAAUGGAGGUACUCAAUUUUUGCACACCAUUUGACAUAGUCAAAACAAUUGGCAGGUGGGCAGGGGACUCCUUCACCCUGUAUCUAUGCCAGCAUGCAAUGAUACUAGCUCCAUACCUCAAUGACACCCCAGCUUUACUCAAACAUUUCACAAGAUACACAAUGCCACCAGUCCACUAA